AUGACUGAAGAGCCGCAGCUGGGCUCUAUCCAGCAGCGGAUUGCUGCUCUUAAGCAGUCCCAGGCGGCGCAGUCAUCGAAUGGCACAGAGCCGCCUCCAUUCUUCCGCCCGCCCACCGAGCGAAGCAAAUCGGCCAAUAUUCCUCCAUCCUACGCCGUGACCGGCUCAGUCAUAGAUGGCACCUCGAUUGGUAAUGAACCUGCAGACGUGCAGAUACAAAGAUCGGCACCACGGCCUCCCCCGACUCCCUCGUCGAAGCCAGAGUUGAAACCAAAAAAGGCCCCGCCACCUUUGCCUACGCGCCGAUCAGAUCGCCCUCCCCCUCCUCCUCCACCUGCUCGCUCAGAGUCUCCAGCUCGACCAGAACCUCCGGUGCGACCGCAAAUUCCAGUGCGACAGGAGUCCCGUCCCAAUUUGCCUCCACGUCGGCCUACGCAGCUGUCACACAGACCGUCGCAGGAAUCUGUCUUAUCUGACGCGUCCCAAUCGACCACCGCUACCAGCGUUGGGCGCGGCACGUCGACAACAUCUGUCAAUUCCAGCGGCAAUGGACGCAUCAAAGCUCCGGCAUGGGGUGAGACGGAGCUACCUGUGCUUCCUCCCAGGCGGCCAAAGGAAGAUCCUAUUGAUCUGACACCAGCUCCCCGCUCCGAGUCCAAGUUCAGUUCUAGUGGAUUGACGGGGAAGCUCUCUUCCCUCCGAGGGAAGCUCCCCGGAUCUUCCUCUUCGUCCUCCUCUACACCGUCUCGUCCCAGUAUUCUCUCCCGUCCAUCGGCUAGAGAUUCAUCACCUUCAGUUCCUCGACUUCCCCUGCGCCGGCCGUCUGGGGUGGAAACAGAAACCAAUGGCGCAAAUGCUGACGCCGAGGAGGAAGAAGUGAGGCCCAGACUGCCAAACCGGCCACUGCCGCCACCUUCAGCCGCGAAGAGUAUUGCGAAUGCUCGACAAUCAGGGUUUGGUGGAUUGAAUAAAAGCCCGAGUAUUCCUCCGAGACCGAGCAGCACACCAACAGAGAAUGGUGCUGCUAGAGUUCCUCCACCUGUACCAACUGGAUCUAGGCCAGAUCUCACCAAACUGAAUGCAACCAAGCCGCGUUUCCACAGUUCGCGGACUGGGCCUACUACACCCGUGGGCAGUCCUAGCACGGAAUGCUUGGUAUGCCGAGACUUCUCUGGUCCAGAUACUCGCGCAGCGCAGUAUCCUCGAGAAUCACUCCCUACGCAAGAUCUGGGCUGGCUGGCAAAUGAGCUCACUGCUCCAUUCCCGUCGUUAACUGACAAGGCAAGAGUUAUCUUCACAUGGCUGCACCACAACAUCAAAUAUGACGUAGUGGCCUUCUUUAAUAAUGCCGUGAAGCCAUCCACGCCGGGAAGCACUCUAGCCAGCGGAUUGGCAGUGUGCGAGGGUUAUGCCGCGCUAUUCACGACCCUAGCCACAAAAGCGGGACUCGAAGCCAUCGUUAUCGGAGGUCACGGUAAAGGAUAUGGCCACACGCCUCUUGCCCCCGGUCAACCCAUACCGCAGUACAAUGCGGGCCACGCCUGGAAUGCAGUCAAGAUUGACGGUGGUCAAUGGAAGCUAAUUGACGCAUGUUGGGGAGCCGGAGCCGUCAACGGUCAUGGACAGCCGUACAUCCAACGCUUCGAGCCACACAUGUUCACCAUCUCGAACGAAGAAUUCGGCCUGAAACAUUUCCCGGGCAACAGGGAUCACUUCUUCCGCAACGACGGAAGACAAAUUACAUGGGAAGAAUAUAUCACUACGGACCCGGACGCGCCAUCUGGUCUCAAGCCCCUCCAGAUCUAUUCCGAUGCCGACAAGUAUAGCAUCGGUCGCAAGACCCUUUACCCGGCCGGCGGUAUCAUCUCUGUCUACAACACCCCAGGCCCGGUGCGUUUCCAAUUCGGCCUGUUCUGUGAGCAUUGGACACUGGCCCGACAUAGUCGCGAAAAACCCGGUCUCUUCCUCCUCAUGAUCCACGGAGUAGACGGCCGCGAAGACGAUCGUCUCCCCUUCAUCCAUGUGUCCGGAUCUGGACCCGGCGGAGGCGGCGAGAUGUGGUAUGUUGACGUCGCAGAUGCCCGUCAAUUAGGUGCCCCAGGACAGAAAAUUCAAAUCGCUGUUUUGAAGACUCUAGGCGAGCGCCACGAUUGCCGUGGUGUUACUGCUCAGGAAUAUCAGUCGCAGGUCGGCCGGGUUGGGAUGUCUUGGGCAUAUAUUGCUGAGUGGACACUGGAACGGUGA